AGCGUCACAAGUGACUGAUACUACGCCAUCGAAUCCAACUUCUUUGUCCGGAUUCCGAAAGUUCUUGCAUGACUUUAUCUUUUCUUCGGUGACGUAGUCUGGAGUGUGGAGGCUCUCUAGAGAGCUAUAAGAACACGCAUAACCCCAUAGAGCCCCGUAGUUAAUAAGCCACAACAUUAUUACAGACUGUCGGUUACUCAAAUUGACUUCGACUUCGGAUAGAAAAGCCAUAUUUAUAAAAUAAAUACUAUUAAAAAUCAAAUCGCCAUCAUGGGUCUUGCAGCGGGUGUCGGUCACUUCUUCCAAUCAAUCAUCGAAGUGAUCCAAGGUUUCUUAGGAGCUGUCGUCAACUUCUUCCAAUGGAUCUUCAACUCCAUUAUUGGUGUAUUCCAAGCCUUUAUCGGCUUCGUUGAAGGCACUCUUGGCUUCGCAAUUCACAAUUUCUUUAUUCUGGGUACCGUGGCCGCGGCUGUAUUCGCAUAUCUCCUCUACUCUCAGAGGCAAGGCACCACUCCUGUUAGCCGGACAAUCAAGAACAAAUCAAAUUAGUGUAACGAAAAGGGGCUGAACUUGGGCGCCUCGGUUGUCAUCAAGCGAGCUAGAAGCUAUGAUUUAACGAUUACGUCAGGGGUAUUGUGCUCGGGCGUUGGGGAGGUUGAUCCUUUGAGUUAAUGAUAAUUUGAGUCGGUACCAAUGAUAUUUGUACUAUAUAGAUGUAUCUAUUUCUAUGUAAGAGGCACUAAGUUAGCUAUUAUAGUGUAUGAACGCUUUUCUGGGAUAUCUUAACAACUUCGUGAAUACUAUAACUAUCUAGUUCA